AUGGCAUCUAACCACGGCGAGGCUUCGUCCAUGAAGCAGGCAGCAAAUACUGAAGAUCUGAUGGCACUUGCCAAGUCAGCGCUUGCGGAGACGGAGGAGAAGCAACUCGCCGCCCUAGAUGGUGGUGCGCAACUGCCUUUUGGCUAUGGCACACAGCCCGGCGACACUCUUGAUUUGAGUGACAAGGGUGUCCGUGUGUUGCCCAUCGAGUUGAUCAAUUUGAUCAGAGAUCGUGUGGAGAGGCUGUCGCUCGGACACAAUCGACUUACUGAGAUACCUGCCGAUCUUAUAUUCUGCUCAAAUCUACUGUACCUGAAUCUUCGCCACAACAAGCUCAAUGCCUUCCCGGAGCCGGUCUUUCAUCUCAGGAAACUCCAGAUCCUGGAUCUCAGCCAUAACAAUAUCUCUACGGUCCCGGACGAUGUCGGUCUCAUGUACUCGUUGAUGUUUUUGGCCAUUGAGUCAAAUCAGAUCAAACGUUUGCCAACUUGCAUGGGCGAGAUGUCGCGCUUGCAGAAGUUGAAAGUCGGAUCAAAGUCGAUGGAAUUCCCACCGCCGGAGGUGUUUGUCCCCAAUCCUCUCGGCGCGUCUCCAGGCGGACCUCCGGUAGAAGAAGCCCGACAGAUUUGUUCCCAGGUAAAACUCUUUCUCCGCGAGUUCAAACAACGGGAAAUGCUGGGUAGAGAGACCCCAGACCUUAGCGAGACCAGCUUGGAGACGCCGCGUCCUCCCAAGAGGUCAAUAUCAGGCAGGUUUCCUGUGAGGCCGAGUAUGAGCGGUAUCGAUGGCCUUGACAAUCUGAGAUCAGGCGAUGGACUCGGCCUGAAGCCGCCACCACCAAUUCCGCAAAGGUCUCGUGCUAGAGAUUCUCUUGUAAACCCUCCGUUAGGUCGCCGUUUUGAUCGUCCUGGCAUUGGGCCGCUGAGUGGUGAAGGCGAGAAUGGCAGAAGCCGCAGCGAGACAGUCACGUCUACCGGCGCGCGUUCGAAACGCCUUGGCUACGUCCCUCGCAAGAUUUCUGGAAGCUCGAACACGACCGUAACUGACACCGGCACAUUAAAGGCGCACCAUUAUAGAGGAGCGUCCAGCAUGAGCCUUGCUGCCCACAGCGGUAAUGAAUCGUCAUCUGGAGCCGUGAGCCCAAUGGAGCCUUCGAGUCGUAUGCCGGUGGCCCGCCGCCGAUUGUCCAGUUUGCCGGAAGAUCGUAGAGUGUCUAGACCAACAAGCAUGACGGUCAAACUUGCAACCAGGAUUGUUUUCGCCCUCUUUCAGCUGAACGGUCCCAUCGGCGACGCGGUCCGAAUCAUCAAAAGCGGCACACCCAGAAAGACAACCAUGGAAAGAGUCUUUUUCGAAGCAAGCGCAAGUCUCGAGGAGCUUGACAGACGGCUUAGUCAAGUUUCUACCGGCACCGGCGAAAGUCGAGCAUCAGAGAAUGAUCCCUGGAUCCAGGCCAUUCGCAGAAAAUGUGCUCAUGUUCUCCAGAGCUAUGCCGCACUGGCUGCGGAGCUCCGUCUUCAUGCCCGCAAAAUUGCAUUGCGUGGCGAAGGCAUGUACAUUAGAAGUCUCAUGCUUCACAUCUAUGGCGCGUUGGUUGAGAUACGCAACACGCUUACCUUCCAGGCUACUGAGGUCAAGGCGCCCACGAGAAGUGCUCGCGGUUCUGUAGCAACCAUCAGUCGGGCUAGCACACCAACCCAGCCCAAGCCCAUCGCACCGAAGAAGAGAUUGCGAGGGGCAACAAUACUACAACCCUCACGACUUACAACUCCUGGAACAGCUCCUCCACCAGUCCCUCUAAGCACAAGUCGAAGCAACACCAUGACAAGUAUGAGCGCCGUCACACCAAGAUCUGGCGAAUCCUUCUCAUCGGCUUCGGGCAUCCCACGCUCCAACGCAUUACAACCUCCCCCCGAGGAGAGCGAAGAGCAGCGUCAAUUUGAGUCAAUCUUCUUGAAACUCCAACAUGCAUGCGAUCUUGCUGCACAGACUCUGCCUAGCUGCAGAGUCGACUUUUACAGUCGUAAGGAGUCAGCCAAGAGAUCGAUGCAGGCAACUAUAUCACGUCUCUGGACCAUCGCCUUGUCGAAGUGUGACGUGGCAAUCAACGCUUUGGAGUCUAUGAGGAACCGAUUAUCCAAGGUCAAACUGAAGGACCCUAAUCUGCGCACACAGCGAGACUUCUGGCAAUUGUGUGACAAGUUUGUCCGCACAUGGCUAGACCUAGCCCUUGAAAUUAAGAACAUUGGGGGCCAAGGUUAUGACACCGACUCUGUCAAGGUGGUGAUGCGACCAGUGCAGAAGGCAGUCAAAGAAGUCAGUAUCGCCGUUAACGGAUCUCAGCUGUACCAGGCUGCACUGCGAUCCAACUCGGUGUCUGGGUACGUCACACCGGUCCCGGCAACCCCUUUGAGUGCAGCACUCGGACCCGCAGCGCUGGCGACUGUACCUUCGACCCCAAGCUCGACGGUGUUGCCGUCCGAAUACAUUGUGUCUGGCCUACAGAGCGCGGCUGAGAGACAGUCAGAUGCACCCAGUCUGCGCAGCUUCCCUCGAGGACGUGGAGUCUAG